UUAACCAAACAUGCCCUGAAACUUUGAUCAGACAGACUCUUCCGUUUCAUCGUCUCCAAUUAUCCCCAAAAUCGCUAAUAAAACACACACAAUCAUCUUCUAAUCAAAUCACAAAUAUCUCCAUUAAUCGCAUAUAAACCUAUUUCAAACCCUAGUUUUGUGUAUGCACGAAGAUGGAAUUUGAGUUUUUCGAUGAGGAUGUUCAGGAUGAUUAUGCGUUUGCAGCUGAAGAUAUCAGUAAUGAGCAACUAGUGUUGGAGGGUGAUGAAGGUCAAAGAUGUGGGAUUUGCAUGGACGUUGUUGUGGAUAGAGGAGUGUUGGAUUGCUGUCAGCACUGGUUCUGUUUUACAUGUAUUGACAACUGGGCAAGUAUCACGAACCUAUGUCCACUUUGCCAGAAUGAAUUUCAAACAAUCACUUGCGUUCCUGUAUAUGAUACUAUUGGAGGCAUCCAGCCUGAUGACGGUUCAUCAUAUUUAAGAGAUGAUGACGAUGAUGAUGCGUGGAGUGUUGAAGGAAAUAAUAACACUCUUUCUUUUCCAUCAUAUUAUAUCGAUGAAAAUGCAGUCAGCUGUUUGGAAGGAGCCAGCUGUAAAAUUCGAGGCCAGUCAGUUAAUAUUGAAGAAGAUCCAGAUCUCGAUACAUCAAUUGCUUGUGAUUCAUGUGACUUGUGGUAUCAUGCGAUAUGUGUCGGAUUUGAUACUGACGGGAAUUGUGAGAAUUCAUGGCUGUGCCCAAGGUGUUUAGUUGACGAGACAUUGAAACAGUCAGAGCUGUCGCCAAUCAGUCAACAUGAACCUUCGGCGGAUGCUACUUUUCCUAUGAACGUGUCGGUGUCUGUUGCUGAUGCAGGAGAGACAGCUGUCGUUGUCUCUAAUAUUAACGGAAAUCAACAUACCAAUCAAAACAUGUUGUCAAGCGCAUACACAAGCAUGGACGUGGAAAUUGGGAAACAAGAGAACGUAGAAACGGAUCAGAUAUUUUUGUCAACUUCAAAUGUUUGUGAAGAUAAAUGCAAAUUAGAAAAACCAUUACCUGAUAUUAUUAAGAAGCCUAAGAUAGAGGCAGUAGAACUAGACGUUCGUUUACCGCUCUCUGCGUUGAACGGAAGCUGUAUGGAAGAAACAAGUGAACCAAGUGUCCCGAACGAAUUAAGAAGUACAGAGUCGUAUGAGAAAAUCAGCAGUAACGUGUCUGAUAAAACCGAAACAAGCGGAGAAGUGGAAAAGAAGAAAGUUUCUAAAAUGUCUAGGCUACCAGCUGACAAAAACCCUAACAAGACGGAAAAAGCUAGUGGAAGCACAGGUGCAAAGAGAAAGCAAAGAGACUACAGUGCUGCGGAAAGUGAAACCAAAACAAAGAUGCAGAACAAUACACCCUCAAAGCUAGUUAAAACCGACCGGAGUCGAGUUCCUCAUUCUACGAACGAAGCUAAUGAUUCCGGAACUAGAAUCAUGAGGAAGCGAAAGGUCGAGACCGAUAUACGAGAUAUAGUUCAAGGAACAUACCGCGUACCUUCAAAGCGACUUGCAUCCGAAGAAACCUCAUCUGGGCUGCGGAUAAAAAAGAUCAUGAGACGAUCAACCCAAAAUAACGAGUCGUUAACGGAAGUUCAAAAUUUAAGGAAAGAAAUUCGAGAGGCUAUACGUAACAGAUCGUCUAAAGAGGUUGGAGAUAAUGUUUUUGAUCCGAAGCUUUUGGCUGCGUUCAGAACUGCUUUGACUGGUCAAACAUCUGAAACGAAAAGACCACCACCGUUAGAUGUGAAAGCAAAGAAGGCCUUGUUACAGAAGGGAACCGUACGUGAAAAUUUGACGAAAAAAAUUUACGGGAUUGGUGGAAAACGCAAACGAGCGUGGACCCGUGAUUGCGAGAUUGAAUUUUGGAAGCACCGAUGCGCAAAAGUAUCAAAACCUGAAAAAAUCGAAACUUUGAAGUCGGUUCUUGAUCUGUUACGAAAGGGUCCUGACGUCACGGAAAUAAAAAAGGAAAAUACGGUAGAGGCCCCUAAUUUGAUUCUCUCGCGGUUGUACGUUGCAGAUGCAUCGGUUUUUCCAAGGAAGGAUGAUAUUAAACCGCUUUCUUCGCUAAACGAUAAAUCUCCGGAAAUAACUGGUUCUUUGAUUAGCAAGGAGACCAAGAAAGUCAAUCCGAAAGUCAACCCGAAUAAAAGCUCGGACCGAUCAUCCAGAUCUACAGGUGGGUCCUCUUUGAAUGCCCAGAGGGAAACGAGUAGUGGGCCCACUGAUGUUAAAGUGGACAAAAAGAAAUGGGCUUUGGAGGUUCUUGCUAGAAAGACUGCUGUUUCCGGAAACAGUUCCUCACAGGGUCAAGAUAAUGCGGUGCUUAAAGGAAAUUAUCCACUACUGGCUAAACUACCAGCAGAUAUGCGGCCAAAUUUGGCACCGAGUCGCCAUAAUAAAAUCCCAAUUUCAGUUAGGCAGGCUCAACUUUACCGUCUCACUGAGCAUUUUCUGAAAAAAACAAACAUGCCGGUCACUCACCCGACUGCAGAAAUCGAGUUAGCUGUCGCAGACGCCAUUAACGUUGAAAAGGCAGUUGCUGAUAGAUCCAACAGUAAACUCGUAUACGUCAAUUUAUGCUCCCAAGAGUUAUUACGUAGAUCAGACACUGUCGAUUCUACUGGUCCGGAAUCUACUGGUCCGGAAUCGGAACCUAAUACAGACCCGAAAACCGCAACCAAUGAUGAUCAUCCUACCAGUGCUGACGUGGAUGUAGAUGUAGAUGUUGAUGUCGAUGAAGCACUUAGAAAUGCUGGUCUCGUGUCGGAUAACGAAACAGAUGAUACACAUGAAGAAGACGGUCCUGAUAAUGUGUUUGAAAUGGUUUCUCAACCGGAACUUGAUAUAUACGGAGAUUUUGAGUAUGAUCUGGAGGAUGAUGACUUUAUCAGUACUAAUGCGGUAACAGUUACAUCCUCUAAGGUUCAACAAGAAGAUACGAAAAUAAAAAUGGUUUUUUCUACGCUUGACUUUGACAAGUCAAGUAACGAUUGGCGUCUUGAGGAUCAUGAAGCGGUUGAAAAUGUAAAAGACGAUAAUACGAAAGAGAAAAGUUUACUAAACGAAGGAGGUGAAGAUGAAUGUGAAGAAUUAUACGGUCCUGAUAAAGAACCUCUUGUUAAGAAGUAUCCGGAAAUAAAGCUGCCGGAUUUCGUAACUGAAAACAAUAAUCCGGAAGUUAAAGGCGAACAAGAAUCAAAUGUAGAAUCGAAGGCUUGUGAUCUACCUAAUGGAAAUCGCUCGGAAAUAAAGCCUCGCGACACUAAAGAAAUGAAGGAGAAAUCUGACGUUGACAAGAAACAGCAGUCUGACAAACGCAGUUCUGUGUUUAAGAAGGUUGAAGCGUAUAUAAAAGAGCACAUCAGACCGUUGUGCAAGAGUGGGGUGAUCACAGUCGAACAAUAUAGAUGGGCGGUUGCAAAAACAACCGACAAAAUCAUGAAGUACCAUUCAAAAGAUACCAAUGCUAAUUUCCUCAUUAAGGAAGGCGAAAAGGUUAAGAAACUUGCUGAACAGUAUGUAGAAUCUGCGCAAAAUCUAGAAAAUAACAAACAGAAGGCUUAAGAUUUCUGAAUCGUUCGUAUCAUCCGAGACCACCCACAAGCUGUUUUCGGGUUUUGCGAUCCUUAACAAUGCAUACGACAAAAUCUUAUUGAGCAGACUGCCGGAAAAGGUGAAGCUGUGUUUGUCAAUGAUUUAUGAACAUGGUGUUCGCCCUUGCUCGGGUUUCGAAGUUAAAAAAUCCUAUGAUUGUAUCUUGUUGAGGCCGCCCGAGAGGUUAUUUAAUUUUCGGGUUUGUAAAGCUCUAAAGAAUGCAUGAGUAUGUUUCAGGGAGCCAAGAAAUAUUAGCAGAUCGAUGCUUGAGUGGGCUUGUAUAUUGUAGAAUAGAUAAAAAAAAAUGUUGCCUUUUUUGUUGCAUUUUCAAACAAGAAUUUAUCAAUUUCAUACUUCAAACA